AUGCAGAUCGUCAACUGUGUCGCAGCUGCGAUCGUGGUUGGUUCGACCAGCGCUACUCGUAGCUUUCACAACGCUUCCCUCGACUAUCCAGAAUAUGGCUUCCCUCUGCUGCAAGAUGUCAACGACACUGAGCUGUUGUUCCCUAUGCCAUCAUGUCACGGCUUUGUGAUUGCAGAGAAGAGCAUUGAGGAGAUCCAAGAGUACAUGACCUCUGGGAACCUCACAUCUGUUCAGCUCACAAGCUGCUAUCUGCAGAGACUCUUCCAGACUCGCGACUACCUCAAUCCGAUCAUCGAGGUCAAUCCAGAUGUCUUCGACAUUGCUGCAGCUAUGGACGAGGAGCGCCGCCAUGGCAAGGUCCGUGGUCCUCUGCAUGGUAUUCCGUUUGCGGUCAAGGACAACAUCGCCACUAAGGACAAGAUGCAGACGACCGCUGGAUCGUGGGCCUUGCAAGGAAACAUUGUACCCCGCGAUGCAUACGUAGUGAGCAAUCUUCGCAAAGCUGGUGCUGUGCUGUUCGGUAAAGCUACUCUUUCCGAGUGGGCAGACAUGCGCUCCAACUAUUAUUCGGAAGGAUACUCUGGUCGUGGUGGACAAUGCCGAAGUGCCUACAACCUUACGGUCAACCCAGGAGGUAGCAGUUCUGGAAGUGGUGUGGGUGUAGCAGCCAACGUCUUCCCAUUCGCUCUCGGCACGGAAACCGACGGAUCUGUUAUCAACCCUGCUCAGCGCAAUGCCAUUGUUGGUUUCAAACCAACUGUUGGCCUGACUUCGCGUGGAGGCGUUAUCCCUGAAUCCUUGAACCAGGACACUGUUGGUGCUUUUGGCAAGACUGUUCGCGAUGUGACUUCUGUCCUCGACGCCAUCUACGGUGUGGAUGUUCACGACAAUCAGACCUCUGCUCAGAUUGGCAAGACACCUAAGGGUGGUUAUGCACAGUUCUUGACCAAUCGGACUGCACUCAAGGGAGCCACUUUCGGCAUUCCAUGGAACAGCUUCUGGGUCUACGCCGACGCUCACGAGCAGGAGGUCCUCCUUGAAUUGGUUUCCUUGAUCCAGUCUGCCGGUGCGACCAUCGUCAACAACACUGAGCUUCCAUACUACAAGACCAUUGUCUCUCCUGACGGCUGGAACUGGGACUACGGCAGCACUCGCGGCUUCCCGAAUGAGAGCGAGUACACCUACAUCAAGGUCGAUUUCUACAACAACAUCCGCACCUACCUUGCCGAUCUGAACAACACGAACAUUCGCUCGCUCGAGGAUCUCGUACAGUUCAACUACGACAACGACGGCACUGAGGGUGGCUACCCUUAUGCCAACGGCAGCGGUAUCCCUGCAUUCACUUCCGGUCAAGAUGGCUUCUUAGCCUCGCUAGCCACUAAGGGAGAGAUGAACGCAACUUACUGGUCCGCACUCAACUUCUGCCGCUACACGACUCGCGAGGCAGGUAUCGAUGCUGUUCUCGCCAUGGGCCCUAACGGUACCCAGCUCGAUGGUAUCUUGGUUCCUCCGGAUGUCGCUCAAGCACCUCAGAUUGCCGCUCAGGCCGGUUACCCUAUGCUGACCUUGCCCGCCGGCACCCAUGAGAAUGGUAUGCCGUUCGGUCUGGCACUCAUGCAGACGGCUUUCGCAGAGGACAAGCUUGUCAAGUGGGGAUCAGCGAUUGAGGAUCUGCAGGCCAGUUCCAACACACCGAACAAGCGCACUCUGCCUCAAUGGCGCGACUACCUGGUCAGAAACAUUCCUGUCACCUAG